GUGUUAGUUCAGGUGUAAAGAUGGAAGUGCUGAAAGGAGCUGUGUCAAUUUAAGUGUAGCUGCUGAGUGAAGCUAAUGCGAUGGGUUCAAUUUAAGCACUGACUGAAGCUAAAGUACACUAUUAGAUGAAGUGUUCGCUGAAUUGAAACAAAGACUCAACACCAUGGCUGCUGGUCUUACCACGGUAGUCCUCUUGCUUCACAUCCUCACUGCUUCAGCAUUGGAAUCAACCUCUGAGCAAGUCCUCCCUCAGAGACGCCCUCACCUCACUGGCUGUGUCUCCGCCAACAUGGAGACUUUCCGCUGCAGAUGGAAUGUCGGCACUUUCCACAACCUCUCCGAGCCUGGAGACCUCCACUUAUUCUACAUCAACAAAAAACCCUCCCUUGCCUCUCCGAAAGAGUGGAGUGAGUGUCCUCACUACAGCGCCGACCCGCCAAACGAGUGCUUCUUCAACGAGAACCACACAUCCAUCUGGACGUAUUACAGUGUCCAGCUCCGCUCGAGGGAUCAAUCCGUCCUCUAUGACGAGAACCUCUUCCACGUCCAAGACAUCGUGCAACCAGAUCCACCUGUCGGGCUGAACUGGACGCUGCUGAAUGUGAGUUUGACCAGCACCUAUUAUGACAUCAUGCUGAGCUGGAAGCCUCCUCAGUCCGCAGACGUGGAGAUGGGAUGGAUGACGCUGCAAUAUGAGGUCCACUACCGCGAUGUCAACUCUGACCUAUGGGACGCAGUCGACCUUGUGAAAAGCACACAUCGCUCCCUUUAUGGGCUUCAAACUAACGUAAAUCACGAGGUUCGGGUCCGAUGCAAAAUGCUUGGUGGGAAAGAAUUUGGAGAAUUCAGCGACUCAGUAUUUGUCCACAUCCCAUCCAAAGUGUCAAGAUUCCCAGUGGUGGCUUUGCUCAUCUUUGGUGCCUUGUGUUUAGUGGCCAUCCUCAUGUUAGUUAUCAUAUCACAGCAGGAAAAGUUGAUGGUUAUUCUUUUGCCUCCUGUUCCUGGACCUAAAAUAAAAGGAAUUGACCCAGAGCUACUAAAGAAAGGGAAGCUGAGGGAGUUGACAUCCAUCCUGGGUGGUCCCCCUGAUCUGAGGCCAGAGCUGUACAACAACGACCCCUGGGUGGAAUUCAUCGAUCUAGACAUUGAGGAACAGAAUGACAGACUGACAGAACUGGAUACGGACUGUCUCAUGGAGCGCUCCCUAUCCUCCAACUGCACUCCCGUCUCCAUUGGCUUCAGAGAUGACGACUCCGGCCGUGCCAGCUGCUGCGACCCUGAUCUCCCCAUUGACCCGGAUGUGUCACCUUUCCAUCCUCUGAUCCCAAACCAAACCCUCAGUAAAGAACCCUUGUGCCUGGCAGCCUCUGAGCCAACCUCCCCGGUCCAGAGCCCAACUGCUGCAGAGCCUCCUUUUGCAGCUCUAGGCAGGGAGGCUUUGUACACCCAGGUGAGCGAGGUGAGGUCAUCUGGCAAGGUGCUGUUGUCACCUGAGGAACAGACUGAGGGGGGGAAAACCACAGGCAAAGACUCAGAGAAAGACAUCAUGGUGGAGAAGGAGAAAGAAAAGAGAGAAUUUCAGCUCCUGGUGGUGAAUGCGGAUCAGGGAGGUUACACCUCAGAGUUCAACGCAGGGAAAAUGAGCCCUAGAUUGCCCACAGGGGAUGCGAGUGAACCCUGUCAGACAGGAGAGAACUUGAGUUCUUCACCAUCCCCAUCGCCUUACUAUGAAUCAGAUACCACCACCAUGUCCCUAUUACCUCCUGCUCCUGUCUACACCAUGGUAGAGGGUGUUGACAGACAGAACAGCCUCUUACUGACACAAAAUUCGACACCUGCCCGACAGCUGAUAAUCCCAAAGGCCAUGCUGACACCAGACGGCUACCUAACCCCUGACAUUUUGGGAAGCGUCACACCGUAGAUCAGCUAUGUACUGUGCGAAGUUAAGACUAUUCAAUCAAAGGCAGAGAUAAACUUCGGAAGAGACUUGGAGAUUGAUUUUCCCAAGGUAGUGUUUGAAUGUCAGCUCAUGUAAAAUAGUUGGGGGGCCAUCUGUGCCUGUCCUGCCACCACCUCUACCUCCUCCGACCUUGCAUUGCACGCUCUGAGAGGGCUGUAAAGUCAACAAGGCUGGAAAUUUGGUAUGAACGAAGAAGGGGGCACAAGAAUGUGUUUCACUUCAGGUGUGGAAAGGGGAACCAAAAGUAAACAACACAAGCAGGGGCUGAAAUUGCCUCAAUAAUUCAAUACUCUGACACCUAAAAACAGGCCUACAACCCUACUUAUUGAAUAACUGUCUUUAUUAAAACUGCAUUGAUCAACUUAGGCCACUAGACGACAGAAUAAUCCCCCAACCACCUAAGAGAAUCAGCCCUAACAUAUAAAGUUGUUUUGGGUAACGUGUUAGCAAAAAGUUGCGUUUACAUAUUCAGAAGACAAAGAGCUUUUUUUUUUUUUCAUUUAAAGUUGUAUUUCUGUCCAACUAAUGAAUGCAAGUCCACUCUCCUUUUUAGCUCUGGUUUGGUGUCCAUCAACUCCUGAGAAGACUAUCUGGUUCUUGAGCCAACCAGCUACUCUAUAAAUUUCGUCUGCCACUUGCUGCUAUGAACUAAAAGAGGCUAAAAAAGCUCUGUAAGAGCUGCAGAGUUGCUGGUUAUUCCCUGUUGUGUUGUCAAUAUAAGAGACACCUUUCACAUUACAGGUUGUCAUUUCAUUACAUUUUGAUAUAAAAAUAUUGACUAAUGCUGCUUUAAAUGAGAAUAUAUUAUUUGUACUUGCUUAAUCCUAAAAUUUUUAUGUCAAAAGCUUUCUUUUUGAUAAAAUCAGGUAAUGUGUAUUGAUAAACCCUGUGAAAAAUGUCAAUGUAAACAUAAUUUAAUUAUGUUCCCUCUUUUUAUGAAUCAAAAAUACUGUAUUUAUGCUUUUCAUAAAGUUUUCAUUCCUUUUCAGGCUUUAAGAUCAAUACUGCCACAUUGAAAAUGUUACUUAACCAAUAAGUUAGCUAUUGCUCUUUUUAAUACUCAGUCGUAUUGGGGUUUAUAUAAUCAUGUUGUUGCCAACAGGUGAACCCCUGAAAAAGCAUGAGCUGUAUGUAAAAUGGUCAACUGGAUCAUGGAAUAUUAGAUGCUUAUCUUACUUUAAUGCUAUUACAUAUUGUGUUCUUCAUUUAUAGUCUAAACUGUGAAAUGUGUUCAGAGCUGUGUUUUUUUUUUUUGUUG